AGGAGGUGCCUGAGUCCGGGAGUCACUUGGUCCGUGUGCGAGGAGGGGAGAGAGGACGUCGGACACUACUGGGCACAGAGGAAGCGAGAGGUCCGAUCCCACCGCACAGCCCCGGAGCGCAGAUGCAUUUUCCACUCUUUUCACUGGCGCUGCUCCUUCUGGACUGCAUGGAUUUUGGGCACAGUCUGCACCAGCGGGGGAAGCGGAGCAGGAGAGCGAACACUGGACUGUACCCAAUCUGUAAAGGCUGUCUCCUUUGUUCGAAGGAUAAUGGAUGCCUCAGCUGCCAGCAGAAGCUGUUCUUUUACCUACGGCGGCAGGGCAUGCGUCAGUUUGGGGAAUGUCUCCACUCCUGCCCCUCGGGGUACUACGGUCUGCGGGCACCAGAAAUGAACAGAUGUGCAAGAUGUAAAAUAGAUAAUUGUGACACGUGUUUCAGCAAAGACUUUUGUACAAAGUGCAAAGCUGGUUCUUACUUGCACAAGGGGCGUUGCUUUGAAGAAUGCCCUGAAGCAUUUGUACCAUUGGAAGAGCACAUGGAAUGUGUGGAGGGCUGUGAGGUUGGACCGUGGAGCAGCUGGGGAACCUGUAUAAAGAAUGAAAAAACGUGCGGUUACAAGUGGGGCCUGGAAACCAGGAGACGGCAGAUUGUGAAGAAGCCAGCGAGGGAUACCAUUCCCUGUCCAACCAUCGCAGAAUCCAGGAGAUGUAAAAUGGAAAAGCGGCACUGUCCAGGAGAGAGAAAGCAGAAAGCAAAAGUGAAGGGAGCAGGCAGGAGGAAGAAGAAGCGAGCCCGUGCCAAGGAGCGCAAGCAGUUUGUGGCACUUCAAACCACAGAGAGCACUGACCUGUAAAAGAGGACAAACCAUUUAAUCCACAAAAUGCCCCUGGCUGCUCGGCCUUCCUGCCCACCUGGCAGUUGUGCUGCUUUUGACGAUGUUAGUGGCAGGUAAUGAGAGAGGGAGAGGGAGCUUGUUUUUAUUUAUACAUCAGUCAUUUGCUGUUCCCUGUUUGGCCCGUACAGAACACGUUUGGUGUGGCAAAGACUUUUACAGAGGACACUGAAGGCUGGUCAGUGCAACAAGUUGCCAUUGACAUAAUUUAAAACAUGCAACAUAAGCCCCUGCUUGUAAAACUGCCGAGAGAUGGAGAAGAGGACGUGUCUAUUUAUAUGCAGGAAGACGUAUGUACACAGGACGAGGACUGUUUAUUACAUGGAGUUUGUCUUUUUGUUCGUCCUACAUUCCAGGGCGAUCCCUCCAUCGUUGUUGCACAGGACUCGGCACAGGUCCCAGUGACGUCACCAACAUAACAUGCUUUAAAGGCUGUAACUGUAUAAUCCAAGCAAUGACUGUCCCCUAGUUGCUUGUCUGGUGUAUACACAGUGCUGAGUCUAUCCAUAAUAAACUUAUUCACUGUACAUAUAUACACACUUGUUGACGGUCUGCUUCAUGGUCACUGGUGCUAUCUCCUCUUGCCUCUGAUAUUUGUAUGUUGGGGGGAGUCCAGCGAUGCAUGCCAAGAGAGGUGUCUGUGACUGCUUCUGAUACCUGCUCUGAUCCCAAGGUGGCCUUUGGAUCUUCAGUGGCCAAGCAGUAGGUCCUUUGGAUGAGAAGGCUUGUACUCGCUAGAAUUUAGGAGAUUGAGGGGGGAUCUUGUUGAAACUUACAAAAUUCUUAAGGGAUUGGACAGGCUAGGUGCAGGAAGAUUGUUCCCGAUGUUGGGGAAGUCCAGGACAAGGGGUCACAGUUUGAGGAUAGAGGUAAAA